GAUUGCAUAGACAAGCAUCAAUUUAAACACGAAGGUUUCUUCCGCGUUCAACAUCUCUGAGCUGGCAACACAAAGUCGGACGCUGUCACUCUGGUGUCGCUUUGGUUAGGUCGACGCAGCGAAGAUGGCGACCGCUUACGAGCGAUACAAUUUACACACCACCCCAGAAAAGUUUUUCAUCGAAGCCUGCGAUGAAGGGGCUGAUGCUGUCCUGGCUAUCGACAGGGUGUCAAAUGAGAUGACGCUCACAAGUAAAAAGGACAUCCCUGCAUCAGCGGUGACCAGGCCUAUUUGUGGUAUCAUGGGAACCAUUCGCUUGGUUGCUGGGAUGUACCUAAUCGUCAUCACAAGGAAGAAAAAUGUGGGCAGCCUCCUGGGUCACGCAGUGUGGAAAGCAGUGGAUUUUGAUAUCAUCUCUUACAAGAAGACAAUUUUGCAUCUAUCAGAGAUCCAGUCUCAGGAGAAUAAGACCUUCCUAUCCAUGCUAAAUAAUGUGCUGACGACAGACGGUUUCUACUUUUGCACUGAUUACGACCUGACACACACCCUUCAGCGGCUGGCCAAUACCAGCCCUGACUUCCAGGAGAUGAGCCUGUUUGAGAGGGCAGAUCAGAGGUUUGUGUGGAAUGCAAAUCUCCUCCGUGAGCUGGCAGCAGAACCAGAGCUCCACAGGUUUGCUCUCCCUGUUGUACACGGCUUCAUUGUCAUGAAACCGUGUCGUAUCAAUGGGAAGAUCUUUGAGUGGAUCCUCAUAUCCCGGAGAAGUUGCUUCCGGGCUGGUGUCAGAUACUAUGUGAGAGGAAUCGACUCAGAAGGCCAUGCUGCUAACUUUGUUGAAACUGAGCAGAUAGUUGUAUAUGAGGGAGCCAAAGCUUCCUUUGUGCAGACAAGAGGAUCUAUGCCUUUUUACUGGAGUCAAAGGCCCAACCUUAAAUACAAACCUAAACCUAUUAUCAGCAAAACAACCAGUCAUUUGGAUGGUUUCCAGAGCCAUUUUGACUCUCAGCUCCUAAUCUAUGGGAAACAAACCGUUCUUAAUCUGGUAAAUCAGAAAGGGUCUGAAAAGCCACUUGAACAGGCAUUUGCCAAGAUGGUGUCCAGUAUGAAUAAUGGUAUGCUCAAUUACAUAGCCUUUGACUUCCACAAAGAGUGUAGCCACAUGAGAUGGGAUCGUCUCCAGAUCUUGGUGGAUGCUGUAGCUGAGACACAAGAUGAAUACAGUUACUUCAUGGUUAACUUGGACGGAAAGGUACUAGUCCAGCAGAAAGGUGUCUUCCGCAGUAACUGUAUGGACUGCUUGGACAGAACCAAUGUCAUCCAGAGCCUUUUAGCACGACGCUCCUUGCAGUCUCAGCUACAGAGAAUGGGUGUUCUAAAUGUAGGACAGCGGCUUGAAGAACAGGCUGACUUUGAGAAGAUCUACAAAAAUGCUUGGGCUGACAAUGCAAAUGCAUGUGCGGUACAGUAUGCAGGAACUGGUGCAUUAAAAACAGACUUCACAAGGACAGGGAAAAGAACACACUGGGGAUUGUUGAUGGAUGGUUGGAACUCUAUGAUCCGCUAUUACAAAAACAACUUCUCUGAUGGCUUCAGACAAGAUUCAAUUGAUUUGUUUCUGGGUAAUUUUGCCAUUGAUGAAUCAGACGGCCCCGGUCCUCUGAGGGUGCAGAAGGACUGGAAGUUCCUCACGCUACCUAUCGUCAUGUUGGUGGCAUUCUCAAUGUGCAUUGUAUGUCUUCUCAUGGCUGGUGACACAUGGACGGAGACUUUUGCAUAUGUGAUGUUUUGGGGCGCAUGCAGCGCCAUUACAGCAACAAUCAUCCUCUUUAAUGGGCAAGACUUUGUGGAUGCUCCUAAACUUGUUCACAAAGAGAAAAUGGACUGAGUUGUAGUUGUACAUCUUAGGGUACACGACAAACAGCUUGAGUAUGUGACCAAGAUACCUUGUCAACAUUAUCCUUCUCUAUCCACAUAUGAAGACUGCACUGUUGUCUGAUGUGUCCUGACUUCCCUUAAGUUUAUUCGUGCUUUACAGAGCCUAAAAUUUGGAUUAUGGCUGAUCUGUUCCGAAAAGCAUAUGGGUAAAUUUCAACAGCUUUUCCUCAUUGCUAAAAAUUUUUUUGUGGAGACCAAGUGCUGUUCACUGCCACUAUUACUCUAUUCAUCACAUGUAUACUUCAGGAUUCUUCAGUCUCAUUAAAAUUUUGUGUAUACAGUUAAUCCUCACUAAUCGUGGGAGAUAGGGACCAAGCCUUGCCCUGAGAAGCUAAAAUCCACAAGUCAUUGGCACCGCUCCCUAAAAGCACUUGUAAUUGCAUAUAGAUCGCACAAAAGGACUCCUUUUGUAUCCAUGAAGCUUAUCAUAGUGUCUUCAAAUUGUUUCCUUGGCACCUAGAUGACACCAGCUGAUGCCAAACCAAUACGGUUAUUGCUUUGGCCUGAGCACAAAAACAGCAAACAGGUGAAUUUUCCAGUGUAUAACAGAGGAUAGGUUCCCUCCAAAAAUAUGCGAGUAGGCGAAUUAGCGAAUGCUCAACCAUAAAUAUACCGGGCUUCACUGUACUACUAAAACCUAAUAUCUUGUUCAACCUUGGGAUAAAAUGUUGCCUGUUCAAUGUCUUGCUGCUUACAGGUGCCUUUGAGGCAUCUGUAAAACAUUUGUAAUUAAAAUAAUAAUAAUAAUAAUAACAAUAAUAAUACAUUAAAACAACAAAAACAACUUGGUCAAUGAAACCUUAUCAAGAUGCAUGUCGUCCAGAAACAAAUGAAAUGAUCGUUCACUUAUUUUGUCAUAGUGUAUAAUGUUUAUUCCUAGGUAUCAAAGUCAAAUUUGGAUAUAUACUGAUAUUACUGGAUGAUUGGCAUGACCUUAGAAAUCAAAGCUUUGAUCACUUUACAAGAGUCUCAUGAACUAUUUAAUUGCCCCUAUUAAGCAGACGGUUAUUCAAGAUGACUUCCGAAACAUUGAUAUAUUUAAGAACAUAUAUUAAAAAAUUAGUUUACAGUAAUAACUUUUAGCACACAACGAAAUGUGACAUAUGUAUGAAACUGUUGCAUCUUUUAAGUUAUAUGCUAUCAGUAAAUGCUAUUCAUUAAGCUGUUAGAAGUACUAAAGAUUUAUUUCAUGCUGUACACAAGUCAACUUGUUUUACUGCUAUAUUUAGCACAGUUAUUCAUCGUUUUGUUUGUUUGUUUGUUUGUUUUUCCCUCUAAGUGUGGUAACGUGAUUAUGGGGAUACUGUGCAGUCUUCUAAAUAUUCAAAGUAGUUUAUUAAUGGUUAUAAUUUAACAGGAUUUUAUUAUUAUUAUUGUGAAUGUUUGCACACACAAGAUCAUGAUUUGCAAACAUAGCGUAAUAUUUGGAAGAAGCUAUUCAAUUGCAUAGUUCCUCCACCUGAUAGCUUAUAUGAAUAAUUAAUUAUUGUAUUAUAAACACAAAACAAUAGUGGGACUGUUAUUUGUCCAUUCCAAUUUGCACAGACAACUUCAUGUUGUUUAAACCCAAUAGAAAGUUUCUGUAUACAUCUUGUUUACGCAUUUUGCAUAUUUGACGGACAUUUUCUUUCCUUUGGUUCCUUAAGUCAAGAAUGUCUGUGACUUUAUUUAGGGUUUGUAUUAACAGUCCUAAUGUGUUUUGUGUUGUAAUCAUAUUGAGGUAUCAUAUACUCUAUACAGUGUAAUAAAUAUAUUCAUGUACAGCAUUAAAAUAGCUUGAAUGUUAUAUGAUCAUACAGUUUUUGGUUUGUGAUUCAGUGUCGCCGCUAUUCUAAAUUAUUUUUUGCAGAUUUGUUUUGCAAAUGUUCAACCGUGGAGCUCGUGACUUAAAUGUUAACUUGGUAAUUCGCAGAAAUCUUAUGGUAUCACAAAUCUCAUGUGCAUUUAUGGUAUGGUAUGUUCUUUGCAGACAUCACUACUUUUAAAUUCCGUUAAGACUUCAUCAAUUUGUUUAUACUGUAUAUUAUACAAUAAACUACUGUAAACUGA